UCUGGCCUGUGAAUAUUGCAAGAUUUGUUAUGUCGGUCGGCAAACUAGGUAAUCGGGAUAUCGAAAAACAUGUGCUGUUGUUUCGGAUGUUAAUGAAUGCAUUUCAGUACAUAUGAAAAAUGUUAAGUGUGGCAUAAAAGUGUGGUAUGAAAUUGUAUACAACAUCUGACUGAGGAAGGACAACAUUUAAACAGCAAGCAUGACAAAUUCAAUGUCAAAAGAGGAAGAGAUUGUUCAGCUGCAGGACCUGAACCAACAGUUGUGUGAUGAGCUGAGACAAUGCCAGGCAGACAAAGAUUUUGUUUGGUCUCUUUGGAAGAAAUUACAAGUGGCCAACCCUGAUGUUACGAAGGCUGUGUCACUGGUAGUUCAAAGAGAAAAAGAAAAGUCGGAGAAUAAGGACAGGAAGGUACUGGAAAUACUACAGAUGAAAGAUGAGAAGAUCGAGGAAUUACAAACACUUGUGGCGGCCCGAACCAAGGAACUUAGUGAAAUUGCUGUGCGGCGAAUGGACAACCAGGACAACUUUGGCAAGAUACAGACGGAGAUUGACUGUUUGCGUGAUCAAAACUCUCACCUAGAAAUGCAGGCUGCGGUUUCGCUCAAGAGUUUUGAGAAUCGAGACAAGACAAAAAGUGAACUUCAUCAAAGUACAAUAGAAAAUCUACAACACAAGAAUAGUGAACUACAUAUUCGUUGUGAGAAGCUGAAUGCUGAUCUGGAUUCUUCAAAGAAGACCCUGGCAGAUAACAUUGCUCAAAAGGUCAACAUGGAAAACAAGACUAAGAUGCUGGAAGCAGACGUCCUUGAAAAGGUCACCAGAUUUGAGGGCAUUAUUGAAGAGCUAGAGGAUUCUAAGAAGUUACUGAGGCGAUACGACACGCAGCUUAAACAAAGUCACAAAGAAACAGAGUUCAAAAACCAGGAGUUAGAAAAUAUCAGGAAGGAAUUAUCAGAGCUGUGGGGAAACCAUAAUCAGCUGACCGAACACUCCAGUCAGCAAGCAGAUCUCAUCAGGCAACUGCAGUCUUUACAGCAAGACACACAGAAAAUGAUGAAGAAUGCUGAGGAUGCCUACUGUAUGGAAGCCACAUCUGUCCAGGAUAUGUAUACAGAGCUGACCCAUCGGUAUGACAAGUCAAAAAAGAUGGAAUCUGAUCUGCGGCAUCAAGUCCACUCCCUGCGAAAGGAAAUGAUGGAGAAGGAUGAUAUCAUUUCAAAUCUACAAAGUAAGGUUGACCGAUGGCAAAGGAAACGAAACAAAGGCUCCUCUGCCCUCAAUGGUAGCUUUCUGGCUGAGGAUAAGGCUGAUGAUGUGGAGGCCAUGGCCGAUUUGGAAUUCAGAGUGAAAAGUAUGCAAAGGGAGAUAAAUCUACUUCAGGAGGAGUUGGCAUCCAAGGAUAGACAAAUAGAUAGACUAGAAAGUGAACAGGGACAUUCUGACAUUGAGUUUGAUGUAUCUGGACUAAAUCGGCGAGAUCGGACACAUUCCACUCCUGCUCGUGAUGCAGAUAAACUCAGAUCUUCCCGUCCAACUGCUCCAAAAGCUGGUCACAAGCGGUCACGGUCCGUGUCGCCACGGAUCCAUGUCCAGGACAAGGAUGUAAAACUGAAGCUGGUUAAGGCUGAGCGAUCACUGGAAGAUACAAAGAAUUUACUUAAAUUGAAGAAUCGAGAAGUGGAGGAAAUGAAGAAAGCCCACGCUAAACGCCAGACUCGCCUUAAGGAGGUCAGUGCCAACUACAAACUUGUCAAGGAUCAACUCAAAUCAAUGGAGGACGAACAUUUUGGAAGAAAAAAGAAGAAGGGUAAGCGGGCUGACCCGAGAGAUCUGCGGACAGAGAACAGUGAUGGUGUGUGGAAUGAACUAGCUCAUUACAAGACGGAGAACAGAAACCUACUUGUAGAAAGAGUUAGCAUUGAGGAGGAGAUAGAUUCUUUACGUGUAAAAACCAGUCAGGAUGCAGCAACAGUCCACGAACUCCGUAUUGCCCUUACACAGGAGAAGGAAGGUCGACAGUAUGACAGACGCAAAACUGAUCUCAGGGUACAAGCACGGUCUGACCAGGAGUCUGAGAUACGUCUGCUCAAAUCUGAGAUACAAAGUAAGGAAGUCAAUCUGGAUAGGAUGCAGAGGGAGCUGGAUGAUAUAGGAGAGGAAAAACGAAAUCUACUGGAGGAAAAAAGGUCUCGUAAGGCAGAGUUACUGGAGUUAAAACAAGAUCAAGCUCAGCAUCGGAUACAGACUGCUGACUACAAACACCGUAUCAAACAGUUAGAACAAGAGCUUGAUGAGGAGAGAACUAGGAACAGUAUACUACAACAGAGUAAGGAAGUGACGGGGUCAAAAUCCAAACACAGGAUUCGCAACAGAUCAGGAAGUCAUGCGGCCAGACAGUACCAGAAAUCACUAAAUAAAAGUAUAGAAAAGAUGAAGUCAGUGUUUAGGAACUUUGAGGAUGAUGGAUGGGAGGAGGUCUCCGGCUCUCAGGACGAGGAGGAAACUGAGAGUGAUACUCUAGGACAAGCCAUUGUGUCAAGGUCACGGACACAGCUCUCACCUACCGACUGUACAGACAGCUCCUACUCAUCACAGGUCAAGACUCGUCCCAAAGCUAAGCAAUCACUAUUGCAACGACAGUCCACUCGUACCCGGCGAUCCCUCAUACGCAAUCUACAGAGGGGAUGUCGUUCCUCCCAGUCAGACCCCCCAGUAUCCUCCAGCACUACUUCAGCUGAUGUAGCACGCACAGUUGUGUUACGAGAGACGGGAACUUCACCAAUAAGCCAAGCCUCAUCAAAGGAUGUUGUAACCCCUUCCCCCUCUCCUGCCAAACUCCAUGAGCAGAAGAUGGCCCACAAUCACACCCUCCGACAACUGAAACAGACAAAGCAGAGAGUCCUAAACCUGCAACAACAGGUAACCAACCUUCGAGAUUCAAGGGCGGCAACUUUGAAGGCUUUCCAGGAACACAAAGAUGCCAGUCAACAGUUGGAGUCUGACCUUCACUUAGCCAAUCAGAGGCUCCGUGUAUCAAAACAAAAUAUACAGAAAAUGAGUACUGAAAUAGAAAAGUUACACAAAGAGAAGGCUCACCUGGAGAGUGAACAGGUCCUGAGAGAGGAGACGGUCACUACAGCAGUUAGUACGGACAAACACACAGAACAGGACUGGAAACUGUUAGAACAAAGGCUAAAGAUGUCCUCCAGUGAAGUGUGUCGCCAGUCCGCUUCACUACGACAGAUGAAACAAGAAAACACAAGCCUUCAGGAUCAGAUACGAAACCUCCAGGACAGAAUCAACCAUUUGGAGAGAGACAACAAUCAGAAACGCACCCUAAUUGAGGAUACACGGAAUAAACUACGAAUGGCACAGGACAACUCUCGUACUGAGUCCAACAGCAUGGAAGAAAUGGAGACGAGGAUCAAACUGUUACAGGAAGGUGCAGAUAGGUCGCGAAUACAGGCGGAUUCCCUAAAAAAGAGACUUGGCGCCAUAACUCGAGAGAAGAAAGAAUAUGAAGACAGGUUCCUUAAGGCACACAACGACCUGGAGCGGAAGACAAAGUUACUGAUGGACUGCCAAAAUAAGAAGAUGGAGCUGGAGGAUGCUGUGAGGGAGUUAGAGGCCACGGCGCAACAACAGUUACGAGGACUGGCAAACCAGAGUGAGGCUGCUAUUGAGGCUGCUCAGGACAAACUCAGUCUGGCUUACGGGAAAAUACAGAUUUAUCAACAGUUUGUCAAGGGACUGGCAAAUGAUUUGGUACGGAGGGUAGGACAGACACGCUCCCACCUGAAGGACAUCCUCAUCAGGAAGGAAGAGGAAGAGCUGAUUCAAAGACAGAUUCAGAAUCAGAGUCAUGGAAAUGCUUCACUCCAGAAAGCACAAAGUCUGGCCCGUGACAUCCUCAAUCUUAGCCAGUCCGACUUGGAUGAUAUCAUGAGUGCAGAUGGAGAUUCAAUAGCGGAAAGUGAAAUCAGUACUGACAAAAGACUGGACAGGAAAUGGAAUAAAAAAUGUGAAAAACUUAUAUCAGGAAAGGAUGACUUUGCCUUGCCACUGAUAGAGCUGUUUGUUCAGAAGAUCGAGGAACGUUGCGAGCUUCUAGUGAAACUUCAACAGACUGCCAGCUGAGAAAAAAACCCAAAAAAUCCUGUUUUGAAAUGGUUUAGUUGGAAUC